CUAUCAGCUGUUUUGGUGGGGAGACUUGUGCAACAACAUUGAACGUGCGCUCGCGAGCAAAAACCAAAAAAUCUUCAAUAAAAAUUUUGCACCCACACAAUGCAUUUAACUAUAGUGAAUUUCUUUAAAAAGACGGUGCCGGGUCACAUAUUCCGUGGCAAGCGGCGUCUUGUCAAACCAGUGAGCAAACGUGCCAUGGAGACACUGACCCGUGAAUAUGAACGCCAGGAGCAGAUCAUGUUUCUGUUGCGGCAUCCCUAUCUUACACAGGAACAAUCAGCGGGCCAUGCCAAGGAGCUGCAGAAGCACGAGAAAUUGGUCACCAAGUGGACGGAGGCACAAACGUUGAGCAAGAUGAAGCCACAUGUGACGAUCGAGGAGCGUCUCAAUCAGCUGAAGGUCAAGGAGGCGUGGGAUUAGAACUUGUUCAACACAAUUUACAUUUUUAGAAUAAAUCACAGUUACACAUAACUAUUACUUAUGUAAUUUUGUGGAAUCUUCUGUCUACUAUUGUUUUUUUGCUGCUCGAGAAGUUUGGAAUUCGAGCGGAUAAUAUUAUAUUAUCUCUAGAAUUGUUCUAUUUGCUUCUUUAAAUCCUAUACAUAUGUAUUUCUUUAUACGUUUAUAUUGAUAAAUUUCGUUGUUGAUCCAAUUAGUAUUUCAAAUGUUGAGUUGAAUUAAUGAAUAUUAUUAUUUGAUGAUCAAUUGUUUUUAAAACUUGUCUGUACUAUUAGCGAUUUCUAUUUCUUUUGCUGUCACCUUAUACUUCCUAAUGAUCAGUUAAAGAAAUAUUAGUUUUUCGAAUGAUGAUUUAAUGUAGACUAUAAAUAUUUCGGGGUUUAUUAAAAGAUACAUUGUAUUUCGCAUUUGUAACAAAAUUGUACAACUUUAUUAAUGCCAAGAGAGGAUAAUUCCUUUCCAAUCAAAUUCUAAACUGAGAAUCAACAGAGUCAACUCUCUCUUUCUUCCUUCUCUCUCUCUCUCUCUCUUGUUUUCACUCAGUUUCAUGGUGUUAAGCUUUUGUUUUAAGUGUGACCCUGCUACGAAACCAGUAACUCCUUAUUGAUGACGUCAUUUUCAAUUCGUUUUUAUUAAUUUGAUAAAUUUAAUAUAUAAUAUAUAUAUUUGUAUUAUAUAUGUAUAUUUGUUUGUUGUUGUAUAUUAAUAUGAAUUAUGUUAUGUACAUAUGCAAGCAAAUAUAUACACACACAUAUAUAUAUGCAGAUCGGUCAUAUACAUAUAUACAUAUCGUAUAUAUAUUAUGCAUGUAACAUGUUUUUUUCUAGGCGCACUCAGAACAACUCCGGGCAGCUUCGUUUUCUUUUUGUAUUUUCUUGUUUUCUAUUUUGUUUUGUUUUUGUUUUUUUUAUAUAUAAUAUAUUCUCUAAUUUUUAUUUAAUUUUAGUUAUGCCUACGCUGCGAUUUGCUUUAUUUUCAUUAUUAUUUUUGUUUUUAUUUACUUUUAGAAAGCAUUUUGUUCUUGAAUUGUUUUAUGCUUUUCGCUAAACAAAAUUGAAAAAU